AUGGGCAACACGAAUAGCUCCCAUAAGAUAUCCGCUCAAGAUAGAGCCAUUCUUGAUUUGAAAAUCCAGAGGGACAAGCUCCGCCAAUAUCGAAAGCGUAUAACAGACCUCACCGAUCGCGAAACUGAGAUAGCAAAGGAAUGCCUGGCCCGGGAUGAUCGCAAACGCGCUCUCCUCGCUUUGCGCCGCAAGAAAUAUCAGGAGUCGCUCCUGAUCAAGUCCGAAAAGGAGCUCGACCAACUAGAACAGCUGAUUAACCAAGUUGAAUUCUCGCUCGUCCAGAAAGAUGUUCUCUUUGGGUUGCAGCAAGGCACGCAGGUACUACAGGCUAUCAACAAAGAGAUGGGGGGUAUCGAAGGAGUUGAAAAGCUGAUGGGUGAGACGGAAGAAGCACGAGCGUACCAAGAGGAGAUCAGUCAAAUGCUCUCGGGGAAUCUAUCCAACCAGGAUGAGGAUGAAGUUGAGGAUGAGUUGGCUGCAUUACAGCGGGAAACGCAGAGACUGCAGAACUUACCACAUGCGCCAAAAUCGAAACUCCCAGAAAGGUCAAACGAGGGAGAAAGCCAGGAAAUACAAUAUCAAGGUGGCAAAGCCAAGGCGCAACCCGCAAUUCCGGCUUAA